UACUUCUCUUUCUUUCCUUUUUUUUUUUGGUGGGAAAAUAUACAUAACACAAAACUUACCGUUUUAACCAUUUGUAAAUGUACAGUUCUGUGACAUUUAGUACAUUACAUUGUUGUGCAACCACCAUCUAUUUCCAGAACUUUUUCAUCUUUCCCAACUGAAAUUAUGUGCCUAUUAAAUAACUCCCCAUCCACCUCCCCUCCCCACAUCCCCAUCCAGUGUUGGUUUUCAUCCUUCAAGGAGCCCUGCUGCAGUCCGUACAGAGCUCUUUAUACAUCUCUCUGUCUGAAACACUCUUCUUCCCUUUGCCUAGUUGGCUACUACUCGUCUAAUGUCACGUUCUCAGGGAAGCCUCCUUGAACCCCCAAGUCCAGACCAGAAGCUCCUGUAAAUUCUUUCAAAACCCGUGCUCCUCUCGGAAGAGCACAUAGCUCGGUUUGUAUUUAAACACGUGCUGUGUAUUGUGGGAUGGGUGCUCUCACUCUGCUCUGCUAGCAUAGUUUUUACUGUCAGGAGUUACUCGCUGUGUCCACAGUGCCCGGCAUAGUGUCUGGUUCGCCCCAGGUGCUCAAAAAUUGUUGAAUGAAUAAAUGGAUGAACACUCCUUCCCAAUCUCCCUUCAGCCGGUCAUCUGUCUGUGAGUACGUCCACCCUCAGACUGGGGUGUGUUCCUGGGGGUCGGACUUUGGCAUCUCAGCCAGGCUGGCAGGUGGCUGUGCUCUUUGGUUUGCCUAUCUCGGGCCUCCCGCCAAGCAGACAACUGAACCCACGCCCCGGGCGUGUCGCGGCGUCACGCGGAACUUCCCUGCCUCCACGUCAGUCCGUUCGCUAACCCGGCAGGAACUGAGCUUAAACUGCAAAACUUCUCUCACCUCCGGACGUGGGAAUUACAGGCUUGGAACUCAAAUCCCCGCGGGUGAGAGCCAACAGAUGUGAGGAAAGUUGGGAGGCGCGCCCCACACACGCCCCAUCUAAAUUUGGGUCGCAGUCCUUUAAGAACCGCUUCAUUCAAGACUCCGCCGGGACCAGGCAGUGUGGGCGCACCAGGAUUGGUGUCCUCAUGACUUCUCUUGUGGACCAUGUCCAUGAUCCUUUUUGCCUGUGUGGUUAGGGUGAGGGAUGGACUGCCCCUCUCGGCCUCCACUGACUUUUACCACAGCCAAGAUUUUCUGGAAUGCAGGAGACGGCUCAAGACUUUAGCCUUGCGACUGGCCCAGUAUCCAGGUCGAGGUUCUGCAGAAGGACUUGACUUCAGUAUCCACUUUUCUUCUUCGAGGGAUGUAGCCUGCAUGGCUAUCUGCUCCCGCCAGUGUCCAGCAGCCAUGGCCUUCUGCUUCCUGGAGACCCUGUGGUGGGAAUUCACAGCUUCCUAUGACACCACCUGCAUUGGCCUAGCCUCCAGGCCAUACGCCUUUCUCGAAUUUGACAGCGUCAUUCAGAAAGUGAAGUGGCAUUUUAACUAUGUAAAUUCCACCCAGAUGGAGAGCAGCUUAGAAAAGAUUCAGGAGGAACUCAAGUUCCAACCUCCAGUGGUUCUCACUCUGGAGGACACAGAUGUGGCUAACGGGGUGAUGAACGGUCACCCACAGAUGCACUUGGAGCCUGCUCCUAAUUUCCGAAUGGAACCUGUGACAGCCCUGGGCAUCCUCUCUCUUAUUCUCAACAUCAUGUGCGCUGCUCUGAACCUCAUUCGUGGAAUUCACCUCGCAGAACAUUCUUUACAGGUUGCACAUGAAGAAAUUGGAAAUAUUCUGGCUUUUCUUAUUCCUUUUGUAGCCUGCAUUUUCCAGUGUUACUUGUACCUGUUCUACAGUCCAGCCAGGACCAUGAAGGUGGUGCUGAUGCUGCUCUUUAUUUGCCUGGGCAACAUGUACCUGCAUGGGCUGAGGAACCUCUGGCAAAUCCUAUUCCACAUAGGAGUGGCUUUCCUGUCUUCAUAUCAGAUACUGACGAGGCAGCUUCAGGAGAAGCAGUCUGACUGUGGAGUGUGAGGAUGACAUCAGGGGAUGAACGGAUCCUUUGAUUUUCUUGUGAGGGUCAUCGGUGUUCCCCUGUUUGCUUCUCGACUUCACCUUAAGUUUCCACCCUUGAAGUUCCUUUCAACCAAAGCGGAUUGAUCCCGGGAGCUGAGAUUUUUCAUAGGUGCAGUUGAAAGCAUAAGAUUGCUUGACAUCCAGUCCCAGGUUUGUGCCAAGGGUUACUGCAGAAUCUCCAGUUCAGCACGAUUACUUCGGACGGCAGAAUCUGGGGGCUUAUUCAGAAAUAGCAUUAUUGGAAGACCAAAAUGGAAUCAUUUUGGUCUUUUAAAUUGAGUGAUGCAAUAAACCACUAGAUUCAAUAACAGUAGUUUAAAGUAAUUGGCAGUUGUCUCUGAGGAACCACUUAAAAAUCUGUAUCAGCUUUUCAGUCUAAAUGUGACUUGGUUAGGUUUUUUUUUUGAGGGCCAGUAGAGGGUGAAUUAAAAACUUUAAAAAGUGGUUUAUAACUAUAAGAUGGAUAAAUUUUGUUUACAGUUUUUGAUCACUUAGGUCUGAUAUGAUACCUUUAGAAUAUUUAAAUAUAUUUUAGAUAUAAGUUGAACAUGGCUUCCCUUAGGGUAAGGACAAACUUAAGCUGACAAAGUGGUUAAGAAAGCUGAAUUCAUUAAAUUUAUGUAUAACCUUUUAUGGUAGUGGGAUUGUAGGGAUACAGAAAUGUUUUGUAUUUAUUUGCAGGGUAUAUCUGAAUAUUUUUAAAAUUGAGUAACCAGUGCUACCGGAUCAUUAACUUAUAAGCAUGAGCAGAAAUGAGAAUAUCAGGAUUCCUUGCAGUUGGCCACAAACUAGAGUAGGCGAUGCACAUAUUCAUAUGGUGGCACUUUGCGGUCCCAGGUGUGAGAGGCUGCUGUCAUCAGCCUUUUAGGUGGCAGCCGAAUACCUGUCACUUGAAUCGUGUCAUUUGAUACUUGACCCUGUGUACUUGUUCUCAGAAGAUCUCCCAAAUCAAUUACUCCUCCGCACCUUUCCCAAUCAUCUUAAUUAGAUUAAGGGCCUCAUUUUUUUAUGAACAAGAGUUAAGUGUGUGUUAACUUUUUUAGAGCUUUAUAGCAUAUAAAGCUUUAUAAUUAACCCAGUGCUCUGAAAAGUUACUUUUCUUUCUCUCAUUGUCAAAAUAUUGACUGAUUAUAGUUUUCCAAAAUUUAGAUCUGCAUAUGAUCCCUGAGGUCUCUAGAAAUUUCAGACUGGGUUGCCCAGUACCAUUCAGGAGGCCGUUUUGGAAGUUUGCCCUUUAGAUUGUUCUUCAUAGAAGUCCGGAAUCUGAAUAGCUCCACCACAAUUGCAUAGAAUACUUUGGGUUGAAUUAUGUGAUCUUGAUAAAUUAAAAAAUCCUAUUUUGGUAGUUUUUAAUAGUCAAAAACUGUUGCAAGAGUUAUUGAGCAGAUGGGGAAAGCAAGGAUGUCAUUUUAGGGAAUUCAGUCGUACUUGGUCAUUACUGGUAGUGAAUUGUUAUUGAGCUACCUUAGUGUCACUUAAAACUCCAUGUGACUACGAACUGUGUUGGGAAAAUGUUGCCAUGGUAAUUUUAUUUUCUUAUGAUAGAAUUUCCUAUUCUUAAUCAAACAAAGUAUCUGGAUAUGAAAGUUAUGCUGGCAACAUCCUCAGAUGUAAACUUCAGAGUUGUCUCUCCACUGAUUUUGCAUCUGCAUAAUUUUCUGGAUAGCCAGCAGGUGAAUUUUCAGGCUUUCCGGGACAUAAUUUUGAACAGAUGGUGAAAUAGGAUGGGAAGCUAAGGAGGGGAGACAAAUCUUUUUAUAUUAGAAGCACACACACAAAGCUUUAAACGUCGAUUAGAACAACUUACCCAAUGUAUUGUUUUCUUUUUGAGCCCGUGUGCUAUUGGUGUUGCCAUGUAGCCCUGUACCCCGGAUGGUCUGGGGUCUGAGCCUGUGAUCCACAUUCAGCAAGUAGUGAAGAACAUUCCUUGCAGAGGAGACCCUCCUGGUGAAUGCCUCCUGCCCUAGUGGAGAGGUUAUUCACAUCUGGUUGAAUGUGGUCUGAAUCCGUUAACAUCUAUAUGGGGUUUGAGAUUUACUUUUGCAAACAAAAGGGAAAAGAUGCAGUCGACAAACGCUGCAAAAUAAUGACCACAUAAACAUUCUUUAACUGAAAUCCAGCUAAGAGCAGUCUCAGUUCACUGGUGGUUGAAGCUAAUGAUAGGAAAGGCGUUCUGGAGGUUUUAGCCAGGGGAAAUCCCAGGCUCAGGGGUUGACUUGGUUCAGGCCUGGAGUUUUGUAGCCCUUUGUCAUCCUUGAUGCUAGAAAGUUGACCCCCACGUUACCCUCGCUCCGCCACACACCUUUGUUUUAGCUGUUCUAGCACCUUGAUUUUCUCAGACGUUAACCGAUCUCACAGGGCUGGAUCCUGGGAUAGAUGAAAUAAUGUUGGAAAAACCUUAAAAGUGCCUUCGGGUGUCAGACGUGGCAAGAUCUCGAGCAUCAGUGUGUGAGGUGUCCCAUAUGCUGUAUCUGGGUGGGGAUGUGGCUCAAUGCUCUCUGGCAGGGGCCAAGUCCAAGGGUUCCCAUUCCGCAAGUGUGCUAGUGUGGGAACCACGUAGACACUGCUUUUCUUUCCCCAGGCUAGCCUGACUGUGAUGAGGACCAUGCCUGGGUUUCCUGUCCUGCGGGGGGACAGUCAGGGGUAUAUUUGGGUGGGAUUUCCUCUCGGUACUAGAGGCCUCACUGCCCUCAGCGGGAGGAAGGUGACCAUAGGCUCCUGGUUUUGCUUCUCCAGCUGACACCCCUUUUAUCUGUGAAUCAAGGCCCAAUGUUUUAAAGCUCUUCAAGGGGUAGGAAAAGAGGGUAUUGGAAGGAGAGCUGAAAUUAGAACGUUUAGCAUCAUGGCUGCCAACCCCCCUUGAGCUCCCUGUUCUUCUCCUAGGUGCCCCUGUUCAGGUCUCCCCUGCCUCUUUUCACUUCUGCCCCCCACAUUCCAGUCCUGGGGACCGAGGCUGAAACUGGAAUCUCUGGAGGGACGGGGAAGCCACCUUUCAUCGUAACGGAUAGGGCGGGUUCAGGAGCUUCAGAGAGGGCACGGAUGGCCCCAAAGCUCAGCCCUCUUCCCUGUGCACCCGCAGGCACACAGCAAGGCUGGCUGUUUGGGGCACAGGAAGCAGGGCUAGACGAGAAGCGGAGCUGGGGGCUGGCUGGCUGCUGGAAGACAGCAGCUGCCCUUGGCGCAUGGGGGCUGCACCACACCUUCAUCCAGGGCUGCCGUCUGUUGUUCCUUGAAGGAGUUGGCUGCUCAUAACAUGAAGGACAGGUGGCCCUCAGAAAACAGUGCAGUGCAGGUGAGGACCGGCGGGGAGGGAGGGUUUACGGUGACCAGAUGAGCGCACAGACCCCUGCCCCGACGUGGCUCACAUUCCAAGUGAUUCUACACAGAGUCCUGCCCAGGCACAGGGAGACCCUGUCCGUGCACUGUGAGCGUUAAUAAUGGUGGAAGAAGAGAGAGUAGAUGUGCCCUGGAGAGCUGAGGUGGGAAGGAGCGCCCUGUCAGCUGGCCCGAGGCCUGGAGGUCGGCGUGGCGCUCCCACUUGGUCUGGCCCUGCAGUGGUCGAGUCACAGCCCGCCGGCCGGGCAUUCUCUGGAAAACGGUGGUAACGUCGGCCGGCUCCCCUGGCGAGCUGUCAGGAGGGUAGAAGCAGUAGUGGAGGGGAUGCUGGGUGAAUCCAUUGUUCAUGUGCAGGAGGAGAAAGGCUUUGAGUUGGUUCACCCAGCAUGCGGAGGUUCUGCAGGCUUCAGGCAGCGCAGCUCAGCACAGCUGUGUCUUCUGGCCUUUACAAAAAAAGACCUCAUGCUUUCAUUCCAGACAGGUAGCAGCCUCUCUUCCUCCCCCUGGACCUGCCUCCUGCCUUCCAGGCACGGAGCCUUUGGUUCCAGUGGCAUUGGGUCCUCCAGGAUCCAGGGAGGUUGGUUCUGUUGGUUGCACCAAACCUCAUGGCCUGUCUGACCCAAACGAGGAGAGCUGUUUCUCCCUUCUGGGAGCAGUGAUGUCAAACUUCUGUUGCUGGGGAAACGUCAUUGGCAGAGAACCUGUGGAAAAAGACUUGUCAGUAAAAUCUGGGAAUGGCCGGAUAUGGAAACAUCUGCCCAUGUGUACCGAUGGCAGAGCUGUUGCCCACAAGCGCCUUUCAUUUAGGGUAAAAUUAUCAAAUCCAGUCUAUUCCUCUGCCCUGUGCUUGGUACAUAUGACCUUCUUUAACCCUUAUACUUACAUGAUCCUGGGUUGUUCCAGAAGUGUUAUUUAAUGAAUGAUUCAUGUAAUGUGGCCCCCAGGAUUCCAUUUUGUUUAGUGGACUUUUUUACUAAGAGCAUUAAAGAUUGAGGCUGAUAUAGCCAGAGAAAACCAUUUCCUUCAUGUAUUCAUUUUGAAUGCUUGCCGCCUGUGUUAUACAAGCUUCUCACUGUUUUCAUGUAAUAACAAAGAUCUAUUUUGAGUAAACGAUGAGUGCGUUUUAACAAACUUUCACACGGUAGUAAAGCCUAAACUUGUGUUAAUGUUGGUAACAAA